UAUAUGAAUCUCCCGGGUGGGCCGAUGGAAAAAGAGCCUCACCUUUCCCCGUUUUUAUUCAAAACUGACCCCUCUCUCCUCUUCUUCCUCAUCCUUCUCUCUUCUCUCUGACUCUCUGUUUCUCGCUUUCGCUUCUGGCCUCCUUCCUCGCGCGGCCGCUCCCUCCCAUCCCAUGGUCCUCAUGGCCGCCGUGGAGGGCCACGACCACCACCGCACCCCCGAUUCCUCGUCUCCGUCGGAGGAUUCCCCGCCUCCCGCUCCCGCUGCCGCUCCCCCGCCGCCGCCGCCGUCGCGCACGCGGCUCCACAGCUUCUCCUUCCCCACCCUCAGCUGGGGCACCCACCGCCUCCUCCGCUGCUCCAAGAACCCGGCCUCGUCGCCCCCGCCCGCGGCUCCGGACACCCCGUCCCCGGACAAGGAGAAGGCGGGCCACCGUUCGGUGGAUGGCGUCGGCGGCGGUUCGCCUCAGCGGACCCCGCAGCGGCCGUGGAACCUCCGCACUCGCCGCUCCGCCACCGCCGCGCCGCGGCCGGAGGGAUCGGACGACGCGGCGGAUACGGCGCCGGAGCGUGCGCCGCCGCCAGCUGCGGCUGCGAGGAAGCGGGCUUUCUCCAUCCUGCUGUCAAAGGAAGAGAUCGCCGAAGACUUCAAGGCGAUCCGCGGGACUCGCCCCCCUCGCCGGCCCAAGAAGCGCCCCCGUACCGUACAGCGCCAGCUCGACUUGCUUUACCCUGGAUUCUGCCUAGCAGACGUAACGCCGGAGACAUACAAGAUUGAAGAGAGGUGAUUGGUGUUGUGAGUGCUUCAAUUGGGAGGGGAUUUUGAGAUGUUCUGAUCGUUUUCCUGUCCUCAUGUGAUGAGCUAACAAGUUAAUAGCCGUAAUGUUCUGGAUGGGUUAGGGGAAGUUUAGUUGGGAAUCUCCUCUAAUUAUGUAUUGGAUGUGGUCGUUGAGGAGUUUAGGUUAUGAACUUUGAUUAUUGGGCUUGUAGGUUGUUAAUUGUAUAAAGUGUAAUCACCUGUACAUUGUCUUAAUCUAUGAUGAAUUUUCGUUAUUACGAAACUAUGAGAAGGUUAUUUAAUAUUUAACGUUGCAUUUUGUUGUAGGCUAGUAGCAUGUAACCGUAGGUGUUAUAGUGUUUCUGUACAUUUUCCUCUCAUUCUUGACGGUUGCUUGC